AUGGCAGGACGUUCUCUUCUUGCUUAUGGCCAUGAACGCAAGCUGCACGUGGGCAUCGGCCGCGCGCACUUCGAGAAGCAGCCGCCCAGCAACCUGCGCAAGUCCAACUUCUUCCACUUCGUGAUCGCGCUGUACGAUCGCGCGGGCCAGCCCGUCGAGAUCGAGCGCACCGCCUUCAUCGGGUUCAUCGAGAAGGACCAGGAGACGGAAGGCCAGAAGACAAACAACGGUAUCCAGUACAGGCUGCAGCUGCUCUACGCCAAUGGCGUGCGGCAGGAGCAGGACAUCUACGUGCGGCUCAUCGACUCCGUGACCAAACAGGCCAUUAUGUACGAGGGACAGGACAAGAACCCUGAGAUGUGCCGGGUGCUGCUUACGCACGAAGUCAUGUGCAGCCGGUGCUGCGAUAAGAAGAGCUGCGGCAACCGCAACGAAACGCCCUCUGACCCCGUCAUCAUCGACAGGUUCUUCCUGAAGUUUUUCCUCAAGUGCAAUCAGAACUGCCUGAAGAACGCCGGGAAUCCACGGGAUAUGCGGAGGUUCCAGGUGGUGAUCUCGACGCAGGUGGGCGUGGACGGCCCGCUGCUCGCCAUCUCGGACAACAUGUUCGUGCACAACAACUCCAAGCACGGCCGGCGCGCCAAGCGGCUCGACCCCGCCGAAGGCUUGUACCCUCCCCUUCCCGUAGCCACCCCCUGCAUCAAGGCCAUCAGUCCGAGCGAAGGCUGGACGUCCGGGGGCUCCACCGUCAUAAUCAUCGGCGACAACUUCUUCGACGGUCUGCAGGUCGUCUUCGGGACCAUGCUCGUAUGGAGCGAGCUGAUAACGUCGCACGCGAUCCGCGUGCAGACGCCCCCGCGACACAUACCGGGCGUCGUCGAGGUGACGCUGUCCUACAAGUCCAAGCAGUUCUGCAAGGGCGCGCCGGGACGCUUCGUCUACGUCUCGCUAAACGAGCCAACCAUCGACUAUGGCUUCCAACGCCUUCAGAAACUCAUCCCCAGGCACCCAGGAGACCCGGAGAAGCUGCCAAAGGAGAUAAUCCUGAAGCGCGCGGCCGACCUGGCGGAGGCGCUCUACAGCAUGCCGCGCAACAACCAGCUGGGGCUGUCUGCGCCGCGGUCGCCGCCCGCCGCCGCCAACGGCAUGCCCUCCGGCUUCAACACCUACACCGGCCAGCUCGCCGUCAGCGUCCAGGACGCGCCCUCCGCCGCCCAGUGGACGGAAGAGGAGUACGGCCGCGCGCAGAGCAGCAGCGUGUCGCCCCGGGGAGGCGGCUACGGCUCCAGCGCCUCCACGCCGCACUCCUCCAACGGCGGGGGCGGCGGAGGCGGCGGCGGAGGCGGCUCGUACGGAAACUCGUCCGGGGGCGGCGCGGGGGCGGCGGGCAGCGCGGGCGGCGCGGGCAGUGGGGCGGCCGGAGGCGGCGCGGCCGCCAUCAACGGCGCCGCCUACGCCGCCUCCGCAGGCGGAGCCGCCCUCUCGUCCAUGGGGUCGCCCUCAUCCGCCAGCCUCUUCAACUCCUCGCCCAGAGUGGGAGGCCUGGCAUCUCCGUUCGCCACGAUGAACCCGUUCGGGCUGUCCACGUGCAACUCGCAGUCGUACAGCCCGCUGCUCAGCUCGACGGGCAAGUAG